CGAGGAGCGGUCGUGUGACUGAACCCGAGCGGCAAACCAGCGGACCUCAGGUUGCUCUUGAGGUUGGCUUAGCCCAGCAUGCAGUUUUGAGCCUGACUUAGGCCACACCCACUUCAACUCUGGAUAUCCUCCACGGAGGCUCAGAGAAGGCACUAGAUUUAUCCUAAAGUACCUGAAUAACAUCUCUUCAUAAAGAAACCACCGCAGCUCCAGGGAGCCGGGGGAGUGUCACUGUCAGCUCUGGCAGAAGCCAGUAUGGCUAUUGCCCUGCAGCCCAGUGAUUUGGUGUUUGAGUUUGCAAGCAACGGGAUGGAUGACAUCCACCAGCUGGAAGACCCUUCAGUGUUCCCAGCUGUGAUUGUGGAGCAGGUCCCCUAUCCUGAAUUACUGCAUCUAUACUCGGGACUGGAUCUGGAUGAUGUCCACAAUGGCAUCAUAAGGGACAGGACCUUGUGCAUGACACAGGAUCAGAUCCUAGAAGGCGGUAUUUUGCUGGCAGAUGACAAUGAGUCCACCUCACAAAAUGUGUCAUCUACUGAAGUCCUAUUCAAUGUGGAAUCUCCCAAUGAAGUCCUGGAUGAGAAGCAGAUCUUCAGCACACCUGAAAUACUUCCAGACUCAGACUCUGUACAGGCCAUCAGUCUGCCUAACUUCCUGUUUUCUGCCACUGAACCUGAAGACCCGAAGAAGACAAGCGAUACUGGUGACCAGAAGGAACAGUCUCUGGAGGAGAGGGUCUCCAGAGAGGAAAGUCCUAAGAAGAUUGGAAAGUCAAGGAAGAGAAGCCGAAAGACAAAGAACAACCGAAGUACCUCACCCGUCACUGACCCCAGCAUUCCCAUACGGAAGAAAUCCAAGGAUGGCAAAGGCAGUACCAUUUAUCUGUGGGAGUUCCUUCUGGCCCUUCUACAAGACAGAAACACCUGCCCCAAGUACAUCAAGUGGACCCAGCGAGAGAAAGGCAUCUUCAAGUUGGUGGAUUCCAAGGCUGUGUCCAAGCUGUGGGGCAAGCAGAAAAACAAGCCUGACAUGAACUAUGAGACUAUGGGGCGGGCUCUAAGAUAUUACUACCAAAGAGGAAUCCUGGCCAAAGUAGAAGGGCAGAGGCUGGUAUACCAGUUUAAGGAGAUGCCUAAAGACUUGGUGGUGAUUGAAGAUGAGGAGGAGAGCACUGAGACACCUGAAGCCCCUCCCCAGGCUUCUACUUCUUCCACACCCUCUACCAGCACCAUCCGGAGAGCCAGCUCCAGGGUCUUAACCAGAUCUUCUCCCCAGGACAAGGAUAGCACUUCCUGGGAGAAGCCAAAGGUUCAACAUACUGGUCUCCAGCCAUCUGCAAGUCUGGAGUUAGGACUGUCUGUGGAUGAGGAGGUCCCCACUACCUCCACCAUGCUUGUCUCUCCACUACAGAGCCAGGCCAAGCUUACCAAAACUGUGAGUACUUCUUCAGUGCCCAGUAACAUCCACCUAGGAGUAACCCCUGUGGGACCGGGCUCCACUGUCACUCUGCAGACCAUCCCGCUGACUACGGUGCUGACCAAUGGGCCUCCUGCCAGUACUACUGCUCCCACUCAACUCGUUCUCCAGAGUGUUCCACAGGUGUCAACAUUCAAGGACACCUUCACUCUGCAGGCCUCCUUCCCCCUGAACACCAGUUUCCAAGAGAACCAGGUGGCAACCCAAGGGGCUCCAUUGAUCCUCAGUGGCCUCCCUCAACUUUUGGCUGGGGCUAACCAUCCAAGCAACCCAGUACCAUCCCAGGUCAUAGGUGCUGGCUCAGCAGGGCCUAGCUCUCAGCCCCCUGGGACUGUCAUUGCUGCCUUUAUCAGGACUUCCGGUGGCACAUCAGUACCUGGGGUAAAAGAGGGGCCCUUGAGGUCCCCCUCAUAUGUGCAGGGUGUGGUGACUGGGCCUCCUGUGGAGGGGCUAUUGGUUCCUGAAGAGACCCUGAGAGAGCUCCUGAGAGAUCAGGCUCAUCUUCAGCCACUUCAGAGUCCGGUGCUUUCAAGGGGUUCCCAUAACCUGAGCCUUGUGGGGAACCAGACUUUAUCUCCCCCCAGCCGCCCCACUGUUGGGCUAACCCCAGUGGCUGAACUUGAGCUCUCAUCAGGCUCAGGGUCCAUGCUUGUAGCUGAGCCUAGUGUGACCACAUCUGGGAGCCUGCUGACCACAUCUCCAACCCCUGCCCCUUUCUCCCCAUUCAAUCCCACUUCCCUUAUUAAGAUGGAGUCUCCUCAUGACAUAUAAAGAAAGGGAUCAAAAGUAUGACCUACCAGGCAAAUUUGUGAAGCAUUUUCAUGUGGACUUAAGUAGGUAGAAUACCUGCCCUUACAUCUAGUGGGGUGUGAUACAUUUGAUACCAGGUCCUCCAGGCCUGUCUUGACAUCACCAUGAUCCAACUAUGCCCAGCUCAAGCAUCCCUUGACAUCAGGCCAUGGCCUUCAAGAGCACUGGGGAGUUGUUAUGCUCUUGGAAGGAUAAUGGGAUAACUUGCUGAGGGGGGGAGGGCCCCAAGCCAGGAAACACCUUGUGGCCAGAGCUGGUCAGAGGCCACAUGAGAAGAGUCAAGCCUGGUCAUACUUUGUUAUCUAUAGUCCCUACACAGGGAACUCACCAUCCCAUAUGUGAAUAUCUUCAUGUGUAUUUGUGUGCGCUUGUAGGUCUGUGCCUUCAUUUCUUUGAGGAGGAUGGGAUGUAGAUGUCAGGUCUUUUCUUCAAGUGUGUGUGUGUGUGUGUGUGUGCGUGCGUGUGUG